GGGCCGCCGAGAGCCGCACUCAUCGAAGACAGGCAGUUCAGUCGCCCGUUCUUUCUUCGAGAGGCUCGAGCUAUAUUAUACUUUAUACUAGUGGCAGUAAUAGUAUACAUAGGCCUAUAUAAGCCGGUAAAUUCGCCGAGGCUCGCAAGCUUUUUCACUUUUUUCAUCAUCAUUGUCGUCGUCGUCUCUCUGGGACUUGCCAGUUUUUUAGUCAACAUACAGUCGCGCAGUUGCCUUGUGUUCAGUACAGUGUCCACACACAGCUGAUACGUACACGGAUCGUUUUUAACUCUCUUUCUCUCUCCCCCGAUCGCAACUAAUUAUCGAAGGUAUUGGUGCAGAGCUGUAAACAAUUUGAGAAAAUGUCAUUGAGCUCAUAGGAAAAAUAAUAUCAGACGAAGAAGAACAGAUCAAUAAUUUAUCAAUAUAAAAAUUUCAUUUGAUAUCUUCAAUUUGAAGAUUAAUGAAAAAUACUUAAAAUGUAUAUUACAUGCAAAUGUUUGAAUGUAUCCAUCACAACUAAAACCAAUGAGCUGCAUCAUGUCAAUAUUGAUGAGAUGGAGCUGAAUGCUGAUGUAUGUGACGACUCAUUUUUCAAAAAUAAGCUCGUUACUACAAAGGAAUUGGAAAAUGUUGUUAAAGAACAGCCUGGCCUUGUUGAAACUCGACAUGUUGGGCCAUGGGCUAUCUAUCGUUGUUACAAUUGUGAUAUGAAAACUCAUGCAGUUCAUGGAGAAUUUGGAGCUGCUAUGGUUUUGAUGAGCUCUGAACUAAUUACCUCCGAAGAUGAAAUCAAGAAAUUAAAAGCUAGUCCAAACUAUAGUCUAGCUUUUAGAAUAGUUAUAAAAGUCACUGAUGAUAUGUUUGAUCCUUUGGAAACACCAACAAAAUUUUCUGUAUCCCAACUUUCAAAUAAUUUAAGAUUUGCUCUUACUGGAUUAGAACAGCAAUUAGAAGAAGCUAUCCAACAUCAAGUGAGAACAAUAGAUAAAAAAAUUCGUGAUUUUACAAAAGAACAAUAUAAUAUUUUAGAAGAGUUCAGAGAACGUGUACAUAAAGAACAUAAUGUGCUCACAAGGAUAAUAUGUGAUCAACAUCAAAAUUCGAAGAAUUCGUCUAAUUUUGCUACUCCUCCAGCAACUGCAGAAAACAUUUCAAAUAAAACUGCUCCCAAAGAUGAUGUAGAUACUACAGUAGUACGCUUGAAUUCAAAAAAUGCUGCCCGUCAUCAAUCAUCAAAUAAAGCAGUGAAAGAAAUCCAUUCACUUAAUGGAAACAAUGAAACAAGAAGCAACUUCGAUGACGAAUUCUUAUUUGAACUUGAAGGUAUUGACAAUAUGCCCAUCAGGCCUUUGCAAGCUUUAGAAAUUGAAUCAGAUGCUGAAGAUUCAGCUACUGAAGUUAUUACAUUAACUAGACAUCACAGGAGCGAUCAUCCAGCGAUAGCUAAAUCAUUGCCUGUAACUGUGCCUACCUUUCAUGCUUUCGGUCAGCGUUUCGAUAGGCAUGAUGACGAUGAAGAACAAAUAUCAGUGAAUUCUAUGGAUCCUAGUAGUAUACAAGCAUCUAUAAAAGCUCUAGCCAAAAGUGUACAUGGUGAUACAGUCUUUGGCGAUUUACCACGUCCUCGAUUUUCAACGCAGAUUUGACUUGAAGAAAUAAGUGAGGACUAUUAACAGCGUUUCAUGAAUUGGAAACGCUAACCCAUGUGAUUAUAACUUUCUUUUUUUAUUGAUAAUGACAUUGAAGUCAGUAGCUAUUAUUUAUACUUUUUAAUAAUUUUGAGAUGGUAGCAGCAUUCAGUCAGUAAUCACAUAUGUGGCAUCAAAUGUUAAAUUUAUUCAGGUAGUUCUUUUACGCCUGAAGAAACAUUUCCUUGAAUUUUUCUAAUACUUUAACGUCAAACAUUAAUAACUGAGAAAUAAGUUGUUUUAAUUGUUUUUUUAAAACUUGCUUGUAAUUCUGAAGAGCAGAAUAGAUUUUUAUUUUUUUCAUUGUAAAUUAGAAAUUAUAGGCUCUCAAUAUAAUGACAUGAUUAAAACCCACCGUUUUUUAGUAUGUUUAUAUCGACCGUUGUUGCAAUAUUUAAGUCAUUGACAUUCUCACUUAUAAAAAUGAAACUGAGCUGAAUUUUUUACAGUAUAUAAAUAUAUAACAAAAAAUGUAGCAAGUCAAAAGCAAUUGGAUCUGUAAUAUUAGAAAUCAUUACUGUAAUUUGACGAACUUGUAUUAUGUUAAAUCCAAUCAUCUCUACAUACUUACAGGUGACACAUUUAAUUAAUGCAACUUUGAUUGUUUUAUAUUAGCGUCGUCUAAAUGAAAUUUAUGAAAAAAAAUUAUUUUUGGCAUAUUGUAUAUUCUUGAUAAUGAUGAGAGAUUUUUGACUCAUUUUUGCAAAUGAAUUUCUGAAAUACAUAUAUUUUCUAUAGUCGUUGAUAACAAGUUUUAUUAAAUUCUUUCAUUAUUAAAGUUAGAAAAUGCAUAUCAAAUAUUUGAAUAUGUUGUCCUACAUUUUGAACAACUUUGGUUUUCUAAUCGAAAAAAAUUUCGAUGCAAGUAAGCUUAAUGACCAUUUAGAAAGAUUUCCAAAUCUUUUUUUGUUCAAAUUGAUAAAUUUUAAUAUAGAAAUCGAGCUUGUGCUUACGCCAACUGGAAGCAGAAAAGGGCGUAUAAGUUAAACAAAUAAAUGGAUUUAUUCAAAAAAUAAUUUGAAAAAUCGUGACUGACUUUGAAUACUCAUGGCAGUAAUGCUUAUAAACUUGUAAAGUUAUUUCAAUGGAAAAA